AUGGGAGCUUGCGGUUCAAGUGAAUCUCGGAGAACAGAGACGGCGAAGCUGAUAUUACCAGACGGAACGUUACAGGAGUUUUCAUCGCCGGUGAAAGUGUGGCAGAUUCUUCAGAAGAAUCCCACGAGCUUUGUUUGUAACUCCGACGAUAUGGACUUCGACGACGCUGUUUUAGCCGUCGGUGGCAGUGAGGAUCUCCGGCCAGGAGAGCUUUACUUCGUUUUGCCGUUGACAUGGCUGAAUCAUCCAUUAAGAGCAGAGCAAAUGGCGGCUUUGGCGGUUAAAGCAAGCUCUGCUCUUACAAAAAGCGGUUGGAGUUGCGGCGAUGAAGGUGAAGCGAGAAAAGUUUCUGGCGGUGAUUGCAGACUUAAGAGAGUGAAGAGAAAUGGUUGCGGCGGAAGAGGCUGCGGUGGUGGUAAAGGGAGGAGGAAGUUUACGGCGGAGUUGAGUUCAAUAGCGGAGUAG